AUGUCGGGAAGAAAAUCGAAUAUCCUCAAACCUCAGGAGAAGCGGUCGAAAUCUGCAACGAAAAGACGGCCGAAGAAUAAUUUGAAUGCGCUUGCUACGGCAGAGAAACAAUUUCCCACGAAAACGAAAAUCCGCAGACACCGACUUGGUGAUGAUGAGUUUAGCCAGCCUACCCGAAAGCGCGUUAUAAAUGAUGAAGAAGAAGACGAUGAUGAAGAUGCCGGUCGAGCAAAGCGCGUACGACGAGACCAAGACGGGUCAGAUAUCGAUGGAGGUAGCGAUAGUGAAGGCAAUGAGUGGAGGAUAGGAACUGUCGAUAGCGAUAAUGAUAGCGAUAUCGACAGUGAUGAGGCUAUGGGCGAGAGUGAUGAGGAAAAAUUUGAAGGAUUUACUUUCCGUGGCAGCUCUGCAAUGCAGAAAAAAGACCAUAGUAUGAAAGCCGCUCAAGCUCAAAAGCGCAAAACCAACACCAACCAAUUUGACCGAGAUGAUGGUGAUAUACUAAACGAGGAGUUCAAUGGCGCAUCUGACGAAGAGGCAGAGGAAGAAGACGAUGACCUUGGAGAGGAUGCGGUCGACCUCGCAACCGCGUGGGACAUGAAUGAGGAAGACUCCGAGGCCGAGGCAUCAAGAAGAAAAGCGUCAAAAGAGAAAAGAAAGCAGGUUGAUACAAUGUCUGAAGAUGAAGACGACAAUGGCUCCCUAUCUGCUGUAUCUGAUGACGACGAGGAAGAUGACGAUGAUGGGGAAUCUGAUACCUCUGAGCUGUCGAUAUCUGAUAAUGAAGGAGAUACAAAGCAAGGCCUCACCAAGCUCCGAAGAUUUGUUACCUCGUUGGGACAAGACUCUGGGUCGGCUACAUCUACGAGGCCCAAGACAGCUCUCCCGGGAGGAGACCCUACUGAAUUCGGGCUGGCCCCCAGCCGAAAGCUUACUGUAGCUGAUUUGAUGCCCAGCAUAUCAGAUUCACGCAUGAAGGGUGCAUUGAAACAUAUUGAAAAUGACCUUUCCACGAAAGGUACCACAGGCAUUCCUAGGAAAUUAGACGUCCCUCUCCCAAAAAGGCAACAGGAUAGGUUAGAUCGCGCAGCAGCGUACGAUAAAAGCAAAGAAACUCUUGCCAGAUGGAUAGAGACUGUGAAGGCUAAUAGACGGGCUGAACAUCUUUCUUUCCCUCUCCCGGAGCCGGAUGCCCUACAACCGUCUAAGGUUGUGGACUCCAAGCCUAGAACCAACCUCGAAACUACAAUUCAAAAUAUACUGGUGGAAAGCGGUUUGGCAGACUCAAAUAAUGGAGAUGCGGAGGAUAAAAUACAAGAAUUCGAAGAGCUCCAAGCAAAGAAGAUUUCAGUUGAAGAGAUUCAAGCUCGCAGGGCAGAACUCCGGAAGCAACGAGACCUACUUUUCCGUGAAGAAAUUCGAGCAAAACGAAUUAAAAAGAUCAAGAGCAAGGCUUACCGCCGUGUUCACCGGAAGGAGAGGGAGAAAUUAGAACAGAUGGAACAUGAAGCACUGGCAGCCGCCGGGAUAGACAUGGAUGAAGAAAAUCGGGAGCGCAAUGACAGGAUACGCGCGGAGGCGAGAAUGGGCUCGAAGCACAAGGAUAGCAAAUGGGCCAAGAGCCUGAAACAGACAGGCCGAACCGCGUGGGAUGAAGACGCCAGAACGGAAAUGGCUGAUUUGGCAAGAAGGGAGGAAGAGCUGCAAAAGCGGAUCCAAGGCAAACGUAUCGUUGAUGAGGAUGGCGAAUUUCUAUCGUCAAGCUCUGAAGACGAGGACGACAGCGAUUCGGAUAUGCCAGGAUUCAAACUACGGGAGAAAGUGGACAAGCUUGAAAGGGAUGGAACGGACCCCAAGGAUUCAGGCCCAUACUCAGGGCUUCUGUCCAUGAAAUUCAUGCAGAAUGCCGACGCAGCACGAAAGGAAGCGAAUGAGCGCGAGCUUCGGGAGGUUAAACGUCAACUCAACAGCGAGGAAUCUGGCUCGGAAGAGGAAGAUUUGCAGGAGGAGGUUGGCCGCAGAAAGUUUGGCACACAGAGCACAAAGUCAUCUAAUAAGCCUUCCGUGAACCUAUCACAAAAGGAAGACGAAGGAGGUCAAGCCAGGAAUGAAGGGGCUGAAAACGCUUCCAGCUCAGAUUCCGAUAUUGAUAUCCGUGUUACCCCCAAACCUAGGCAGCAAUCCAAAGCGGCUCCGAAGAAGACCGCUCGCCAUGGCUUCGAAGGGACCAAGCAGCAAUCUCCAGAGGACGAUGAAAACCCUUGGCUGGCGGAAACUUCCAAGAAGAACCGAUCAAAGAAGAAAACAAUUGGUACUGCGGCAGAUGUCGGCCUAAUUGAAAACUCCGGCUCAAUUGUUGCCCAGGAGCCCAAGCAGCAACUCUCCAGGCAGGGAUAUCAGAAUGGCUCAGAGAAAGCUGAAGUUGCCAAUCGGCCUGUUGAUGACGACGAGCGGUCCGACGAUGAGGACAAAGCUACCAUGCCCGUACUUCUUCAAAACGAAGAGCUGAUCAAACGAGCCUUCGCCGGGGACGAAGUGCUGGAGACCUUCCGCAAGGAGAAAAAGAAAACUGUGGAAGAGGAGGACGACAAGGUGGUUGAAGAUACGCUGCCUGGAUGGGGCAGCUGGGCCGGCGCUGGACUGAGCCGAUCAGACAAGAAGCGGGUUAAACGCACGUUCACCACCGUCAAGGGGAUCAGCGCAGACAAGCGGAAGGAUGCAAAGCUCGACCGGGUUAUCAUCAACGAGAAGCAGGUGAAAAAGAACAACAAGUAUCUCGCAUCCCAGCUGCCGCAUCCCUUCGAGUCCAAGCAGCAGUACGAAAGGGCUCUGCGACUGCCUAUUGGCCCCGAGUGGACGACUAAGUCAACCUUCCAAACCGCAACCAAGCCUCGCGUGAUGAUUAAACAGGGGGUUAUCAAGCCAAUCCAGCGUCCUACAUUGUAG